CUCUGGUAACCCCUCACCUACAUCAUCCUUUUGUGCACGGCGCGCUGCGGGCUGAUAUCUGUGCGCUCUGCCCAGCUGUCACCCCCGGCAUUGGUCGGCCGAGCAGACACACGUAGGCGCGUAUCCGACCGACCAACCCCCUUUCUCCUCCGGCAGGCAGACCGACCAGGAGCCGGCGAGCGGCGGGACGGAGUGAGGGCGAAGCGACGGACCCGCGGCUGCAGCUCGGACCGGGACGGAGCUUCUGCUUUCCAGCCGACGGAGGAGCGUAACGUUGUGCUGAGUCCCUUCACUGGUUGCAGCAGCACCAUGGCAGCUAUGGGACCCGAGGACAGAGCUGGAGUCGGUCCAGACGGGACGGCAGGCUGUCCACUGGAACAACAGGCCUCAACCACCAACAACCGGCCUGAUGGGCAGCAGACUCUGGUGUUCGCUCAGAGCUGCCUCCACGCUGAGAAGACCAAGACGUCCGGCUGGACCAACCUGGCCGCUCCGCUGCAGAGCAUGGGACCCACAAUGCACCUGGGCAGCAGGUCUGGAGAGGCUCCGUACAGUUUCCGCAGCCCAGAGUCGGUGGAGAUGGACGAGAUCAUGGCAGCGAUGGUCCUCACCAGCCUGUCCUGCAGUCCGGUGGUCCAGAGUCCUCCACAGACAGAUCCAGGACCAGUCGCCUCUUCCUCCUCCACCGACAUGGAGUGCGGCGGCGGCGAGCUCUCCGACAGCGGCAGCAGCGGCUACUGGAGCUGGGACCAUGGCAACAUAAGCCCCGCCCCCUCGCCGUCCGUCACCGAGAUGGACAGCAGCCCCGACGAAGGCCUGCACAUGGAGCUGGAGCAGGGGGAGGAGCUUACUGCCAAAAAGCCAAAGAGCUCGUUCAGAGGUGUGUACAGGUGUCUGUGGCCCAGUUGUGGCAAAGUUCUCACGUCUUCGGUGGGAAUAAAGAGACACAUCCGAGUGCUGCAUCUGGGCAGCGGGUCGGACCAGUCCCAGAGGGAGGAGGACUUCUACUACACCAGGAUCUCCUGUGAGACGGUGGACGCCGGCUCCGGCCCGGUUCCUCCCCAGCAGGCUCUGGGUCCGGCUCCGUCCCCUCAUCUCAGCUGGGCCUCCUGUGGUUCUCCUCCAGGCUCCGAGCUCCAGGUCCCUCCGGCUCACCGGCCCAGGUCCAACUCCAGCUCCGGGCCGGGCCCCAUCAGGCCCAGUCCGCUCAGCCAGUCGGCCCCCAGCAGCUUCUGGCAGAUCCACUCAGAGCAUCUGUACCAGGCCUGUAGUCCUGUCCAGGUAUCUGUGGCCCCCAGAAGCCCCGGCAGCCAGGGCUGGACCCCCUCCACCUCCGUCUCUGGACACAGUAACCCUCCGAUGGUGAAGCCUCGCUGCCGGUCCGUCAGCGUUGGGGAACAGUGGUUGCAGCACAACAGGCUGCAGCCGAUGAGCGCGUCGCCGUCACGCAACCACUGCUCCUUCAGGAAGGGUCGCGGCGAGGCCAAGAAGUGCCGUAAGGUUUACGGCGUGGAGCGUAAGGAUCAGUGGUGCACCGCCUGCCGCUGGAAAAAAGCCUGCCAGCGUUUCCCCGACUAGAACAUCUGCAGACAGAGAGCGAGACAGAUGAGUGGAAACAGAGACUUCUAUCAAACAGAGAAUAUAAAUCCACUUCUUUUACAUGUCUUUUGUUUUUUUUUUUAAACUUUCAGCCUUUUUUGUUUCUUUCCUAAAGGAAUGCAAAUGGACUUUUCUGUAUCUUUGUAAGUUGAUCCUGACAUCUGAAGUCUGCAAUGGUGCUCGCUGUUGACUGACUUUGACCAUGUGAUGUGCUCAGCCUCCAGUACUCUCCUCCUCCUAUCCAAAGCUCAUAUUACUGCCCCUGUAGCUCCACUGUAUUAGACCGCUACUUGGCUGUUUUCUUUGUUCCCCUCUUCUUCUCCAGUGGUUACACAGUGAUUAUGAUGUACAUUAUAUUGUGUGCUUUGAGUUACGUACGAGUAUUUUAUACCUUUUUUUAUCGUCUCGUUGGGCCCUGGUAUCGGGCAGACUGUUUUAUUUUUUAUUUUCAUGUUCUUUGGCACUUUGUUGGAAGAUAAACUCACAAGAAUAAGCUACAUUUGGUCCGACUCAACCAAGUUCCUUCCGUGAAAUGGAUUUCCUUCCUGCCCAUGUGUCGGCACACGACCAGUGUUAAUGGUUUUUAUCCGUGAAGUCAUGGCGAUGGGACUAGCGUUAGGGGGAAUGAGUUUGUAAUAGCAAUAAAAAAGAGGAAAUAUAUUGUCAAACACAUUAAAAAAAGCACUGAGAAUUUGA